CAACCUAGCUCGGGUUUGAAAAGGCAACCGCAAGCUGCCUGUGCGCCCAGGGCGCACGGAGGCAGCGCCGGCCGCUUGGUGACUUGGAGAACACAGUCCUGGCGGCCGCCCUUUAGCAACAGAGGGUCCAGAGGAGGUGGUUCGCUUGCCCCAGACCUCCCCAGCCCCUGUGGGGUCCUCUUUGGCCUGGGAUGCAUCCGUGAGUCGUGGGUUUUUGGAGACAACCCCCCCCCCCCCUCCGAUAACUUGCGCGUCGGGCUUAUUACAUUCCAAAGCGCCUCUCCAAAGGCCAACGUUCCCAAGAUGUACCUGACUCUUUUCCUCUCUUGGUGCUGCUGCUGCGGCUGCUUUUGGGGAUGUACUUUCGGGACAGGCUUUCUCUACCAGUUCCCCGCCUCAGCCCUGCAACACAACUACCCCGAGCAGAGCUCCGGAGGACCUUCUGGCAACGGCUUUACCAAUCGGCGGCACUGGUGUCACUACACGGUCACCCGGAUGGUUUCCUGCCAGGUGCAGAACGGCUCAGAGACAGUGAUCCAGAGGGUUUAUCAAAGUUGCCGGUGGCCAGGACCUUGUGCCAACUUAGUGAGUUACAGGACCCUCAUUAGACCCACAUACAAGAUCUCCUACAGAACAGUGACUGCCCUUGAAUGGCGCUGCUGUCCUGGCUUCACCGGAAGCAACUGCGAGGAAGAAUGUAUGAAUUGCACAAGACUCACCGAUAUGGCUGAGAGGCUGAGCACCCUCGAAGCUAAGAUCCUCUUGCUUGAGGCCGCCGAGCGUGCCCCACCUUCCGAGAAUGACCUGCCGAUGGCGAGGACGACGGCCACGUGGUAUGAUGAACUGCUGCCUGACGCCAUUCCGCUUGCUAACCCAGGGACCACCCUCAGGAAGCCGAUGGGAACUGUAGGCUUACCAGGACCAGCUGGAAAACCAGGAGCCCAAGGCCCAAAAGGUGAAAAAGGAGAAGUUGGUGACAGGGGGCCAGCUGGACCACCUGGGCUUCUCGGACCUCCAGGACCCAGGGGUUAUCCAGGUGAAACUGGAAUUCCAGGUCCACCGGGACCACCGGGACCACCAGCAUCGCCGAGCCUCCCCUUAACAUUUCAGCAAGGGGUUCUGUACUCGCUCCAGCCCACAGCUGAAAAAGAAAAUGGAGAACCUCAGCUAGCAUCCACUGUCAUUGAUACUGUCCUGGCUGGUUUGCCCGGGCCACGGGGUGCUCCAGGCCCUGUUGGACCCCCAGGGCCUCCAGGAUCAUUGGGCCCCAAAGGAGAACCAGGAUCUGUGGGUGCCCCCGGGCUACCGGGGCCAGCAGGGCUGACUGGAGAAAGAGGCGUUAAGGGCUUUCCUGGUGACCCUGGCAAGAAAGGUGAAGAAGGAGACAAAGGUGCUGAUGGUGAAGGAGUCCAGCAGCUUCGAGAAGCGCUGAAGAUUUUAGCUGAGAGGGUGUUAAUUUUAGAGCACAUGAUCGGAAUUCAUGAUUCUUUAUCUUCCGUUGAACCAGGCUCAGGACAAGAUGUGAUCCUGGGCGCCCCGCUGCGAGCAAAUGUGAAAAUCAAACGACACCAUGCAAACCAGAUCCUCUCUUCACUGCUGGAUGACAAAGAGACCAAAGGAAGGAGCACCAGGAAUAAAUAGGAU